AUGGACAAGGAGGCUGCUAAACAGAAAUUCAUCGGCGAAUUCGACGCCCUUGUGACCGAGCUCAAGGAGAUCUUGGUCAACUAUAACAUGCCCCAGGAGGCCAUUGAGUGGUUCACCAACUCAUUGUACUACAACACUCCAGGCGGUAAGUUGAACAGAGGUCUUUCUGUAAUUGACACUUACUGUAUUUUGAAGAAUGUCAAGGUUGAGGACUUGUCGGCUCAAGAAUACAAGAAGGUGGCUAUUUUGGGAUGGGCCAUCGAAUUGUUGCAGGCUUACUUCUUGGUCGCUGACGACAUGAUGGACCAGUCCAAGACCAGAAGAGGUCAGCCGUGCUGGUACUUGAAGCCUGGUGUGGGUAACAUCGCCAUCAAUGACUCCUUCAUGUUGGAGGGUGCCAUUUACAUGUUGUUGAAGAAGCACUUCCGCGAGGACCCUUACUACGUUGACCUUUUGGACUUGUUCCACGAGGUUACUUUCCAGACCGAGUUGGGUCAGUUGUUGGACUUGGUGACCGCUGACGAGGAGCACGUGGACUUGAGCAAGUUCUCUUUGGAGAAACACUCUUUCAUCGUUAUCUUCAAGACUGCUUACUACUCGUUCUACUUGCCUGUGGCCUUGGCUUUGUUCGUGUGCGGAGUCACCUCCGAGAAGGACUUGCAGCAGGCCAGAGACAUCUUGAUUCCAUUGGGCGAGUACUUCCAGAUCCAAGAUGACUUUUUGGACUGCUUCGGUACCCCAGAACAGAUCGGCAAGAUCGGUACCGAUAUCAAGGACAACAAGUGCUCGUGGGUGGUAAACCAGGCUUUGUUGAAGGCUAACGCUGAGCAGCGUAAGCUUUUGGACGAGAACUAUGGUAAGAAGGACGACGAGAGCGAAGCCAGAGUCAAGAAGUUGUUCAACGAGCUCGAGAUUCCAAAGAUCUACCAGGAGUACGAAGAGGAUGUUGUGGGUCGUUUGAGAACCCAGAUUGACAACCUUGAUGAAAGCAGAGGUUUGAAGAAGGAGGUCUUGACCUCUUUCUUGAGUAAGGUGUACAAGAGAUCCAAGUAA